CGCGCAGAAAGGACGAGUGGAGAAAGGACAACAAUAACUUGAACUCUUUUUCUCUUUUUCUCUUCUCGCAGCUGCUGAUGAAGGAGAGGCCGCAAAGGUCACAACAUUUGGCUCAGAAAAUUUAAAGUUCGUCGUCAUUGAGCCCACAGUACUGCCCAUUCAUCACGUUUCGACGAACUAUCAUAUCGUCAUGCUGUCACCUUCACCCCCAAACUCACCACCAUCAACUUCUCAGAAGGAUGACGACGACGACAACACUCCUCCUGUCGCCGAAUUUGGCGGAGAAAACGAGCAGGCUCCCUCCACGUUGACGACCACUCCAACGACCUCUCAUCCAGAGGAAUCACAGCCAACGAUGACAACGGCAGCUUCGCAACUCCCCCUCGUUCUCACGACAUGUCUCUCCGCUAACUCGGAAUCUGCCAGUCACAUCCGUAACAAUAUCAAUGCAAGUGGGGGACCAGAACACAAGUCUAUUUUCCUAACGCGGAGCCAACAAAUCAAUUCAACUUCGUCUCAGAAUCAAAAUGAAGUAUUCAUCACUCAACCGCACAGUCUCCCAGCGUCACCCAUCCCAUCACCUGCACCCGGUCAGAGACAGACUCCAACGCCAACUCCGAGCAUCAACUGGGUGUCAGAAAAUCUCGUCGUCGUUCAGAAUAGGGCGAAUAAUUGUUCCCCCACUAACUACAUUUCUUCUUCCCAUGCCUCCUGUUCAGCAUCUGCUUCCAGAGCCAACGAUACGUCCACCCAGGAUUGGCAAGCGUUGAAAACGGGAGUACGAGAACGAAAUGCGGCCAUGUGUAACAACGACCUCAUGGCGGAUGUCACUUUCGUUGUGAGCAGUUCUUCUUCGUCUCCCGUUACGUUUCCAGCCCACAAGUAUGUUCUCGCCACUGGGAGUUCUGUUUUCUUUGCCAUGUUCUAUGGUACCUUAGCAGAGCAGGGAAGUCAAGUUGUAGUCCCGGAUGUGGAGCCGGAUGCAUUUCUAAAAAUGCUCAAAUACCUGUAUGCUGAUGAGAUUGAUCUGGACGAGGAGUCGGUGCUGCCCACCCUUCACGUCGCCAAGAAGUAUAUCAUUCCCCACCUGGCCAAGUCAUGUGUCCAGUAUAUGGAAGCAUCGCUAACAGCAAGGAACGCCUGUGUGCUCCUCUGUCAGUCACGAAUUUUUGAUGAACCUGACCUCAUGCAACGGUGUUGGGAAGUGAUCGAUGCACAGGCGGAGAUGGCUUUAAACUCGGAAGGAUUCAUUGACAUUGACCAUUCUACUCUGAAGGAAAUAUUGUCUCGAGAAACACUCAACUGCAAAGAGUUUCACGUUUUUGAAGCAGCCAUGGCAUGGGCUACAGCAGACUGUGAGAGACAGGAAUUACAACCAACUCCGGAUAAUCUCAGAAUUGUAUUAGGAGGUGCUCUUCAAUUGAUUCGCGUGCCAACAAUGGAUCUUGUUGAGUUUGCGGAUGGACCAGCACAGGUUGGGAUAUUUUCACUUCAGGAGUGCCACGACAUGUUUCUCCACUUUACAGCGAGUUUGAAACCCAAGUUAGCAUACCCAAUUGUUCCAAGAGCUGGUCUCAAGCCACAGGUGUGUCAUCGGUUCCAGUCAUCCGCAUAUCGAAGCAAUCAGUGGAGAUAUCGUGGGCGAUGUGACAGUAUUCAAUUUCAGGUCGAUCGAAGAAUCUUCAUUGUUGGCUUUGGAUUGUACGGCUCCUCCACUGGCGCGACGACAUAUGGAGUCCACAUUGAGCUGAAGCGUCAAGGUCGCAUCCUAGCAGAAAACAAUACGGAAUUUUUCUCUGAUGGUUCUUCCAACACUUUUCAUGUCUAUUUUCAACAGCCAGUCCAGAUUGAUCCUGAUAUUUUUUACACGGCUUCUGCCAUCCUUGACGGGAUGGAGUUGAGUUACUUUGGCCAGGAGGGGAUGACGGAUGUGGCCGUGAGCAAUGUUGCAUUCCAGUUUCAAUGCUCGUCCGAGUCCACGAAUGGAACUGGUGUGCAAGGAGGCCAAAUUCCAGAACUGAUCUUUUACGGACCAACCCCAACGUUGUCGUCGUCUCAAAAUAGUCCCCAGUUUUCACAAGAGAACAAUAGCGGCAGCAGCUUUGCAGGCAUCCAGGGUUCCAGUCACAGUCAGUAGUAAUUUAAGUACUACAAAUGUUUCAUCGCAUCGUAUUUCAUUCGUUUUCUGUCGCUAGUUCGUUUAUUCGCUAAACUCGCAGGCAUCGCCAUAUUUUAUACCAAAGUCACCGAUGCACCUUCGUGUUUGAUUUUAAUUAACUCAAAAGACAGUCAUGUUCCAAUAUAUAUUUUUCGAGUUUCAUUUAAUCAUUUUUUCGCAUCUUAUUCUAAUUGUUGUUCACGAUAUGUAAUUAUAAUAAAAUAAAAUUCUUGUGUAACCA